AAAUAAAGCGGCGGCGGCAGGUCACCCUUCGGGCGCGCGGCGCGGCGCGGCGGGAAGCGGGGGUGAGCGCGCGUCUGUGGGGCGGCCUCGCUCGCGGACAGGCAGACGCAGAGCCGCAGGAUGCCCGUAGCUCCCGCGGCGAGGGGCUGAGGCGGGUGGGGGCCGAGAGGUCGCGGCGAGGAGGAGGAAGGCGGGAGAGGCGCGGGGAGGGUCUCGCGCCCGCGGCGCGGCUGAGGAUGGCGCCGGUGAGCGAGCAGCUGGCGCCGCAGGGCGCGGGGGGCCCCGCCGCCGCCGCCCCCCUCAACGGCCCGGCGGUGGAGGAGCAGCCGCGGCGGGAGAACGGCGGCGAGUGGUGCCCGGGGAACGGCAGCCCUGCCGCGGCCAGCGGCGAGAGCGGGGCCCAGCCCGGGGCGGCGAGGGAGGCCGGCGGGAGCGCGGCGUGCCCCGGGAGCGCGGGGCCCGAGCCCCCCGAGGGCGGCUGGGGCUGGGUGGUGAUGCUGGCCGCCAUGUGGUGCAACGGCGCCGUCUUCGGCAUCCAGAACUCGUGCGGGGUCCUCUUCGUCUCCAUGCUCCAGCUCUUCGGUGGCGGCGCCGCGGACGAGCAGCUGGCGUUCAAAACAGCAUGGGUGAACUCUCUCUCUAUGGGGAUGGUCUUCUUCUGUUCUCCAAUAGUCAGCAUAUUCACAGACCUGUUUGGCUGUCGGAAAGUAGCUGUUAUUGGAGCUGCAGUAGGGUUUGCUGGACUCCUUUCAAGUUCUUUUGUAAGCACCAUUGAACCUCUAUAUUUCACCUAUGGAAUCUUAUUUGCCUGUGGCUGCUCAUUUGCAUACCAGCCAUCCUUGGUCAUUCUCGGGCACUAUUUCAAGAAACGCCUUGGACUAGUGAAUGGCAUUGUCACUGCAGGGAGCAGCUUGUUCACUGUGUCACUGCCCUUCCUCUUGAGAGUUUUGAUUGAUUCCGUUGGCCUAUACAACACCCUGCGGGUCCUGUGCAUCCUUUUGUUUGUUCUGUUCCUGGCUGGCUUUACAUACAAACCCCUUGUUUCCAACACCAAAGACAAGGAGGGAGGAAAGAAGGGAAAGUUCAGAUUUCCUCCUGAAAAAAAGAUUUGCAAUUUCUCAGUUUUCAAAGUUCUCAGUUACCGAAUCUGGGCUUUUGGGAUCCCAGCUGCACUUUUUGGAUAUUUUGUGCCUUAUGUUCACUUGAUGAAGCAUGUAAAAGACAGAUUUGGUGACAGCGUGCCAGAAGAAGUGCUUCUGUUGUGUCUGGGCAUUACUUCAGGAGUUGGCAGAUUGAUCUUCGGCAGAGUAGCAGAUUAUAUUCCUGGUGCAAAAAAAGUUUAUUUACAGGUGGCCUCAUUCUUCUUUAUCGGCCUGAUGUCUAUGAUGAUUCCACUGUGCCAUGCCUUUGGCAGUCUCAUUGCUGUCUGUCUCUUCAUGGGCCUGUUUGAUGGGUGCUUCAUUUGCAUUAUGGCUCCUAUUGCCUUUGAGCUUGUUGGGGCUCAGGAUGUCUCCCAGGCCAUAGGAUUUCUACUAGGACUCAUGUCAAUACCUAUGACAGUUGGUCCACCCAUUGCAGGUUUGCUGUAUGAUCACCUCGGCACCUAUGAUGUCGCAUUCUACCUGGCUGGUGUUCCUCCCAUUGUUGGUGGAGUUAUAUUAUGUUUCAUCCCCUGGGUCCAUGAACGGCAGAAAUUAAAAGAAAGAGCGCAACCUGUUGAUGGAGAAACUACUGAGAAAAUGCUGGAAAAUGAACGCACUUUGGUGUCGGACACUACAGAAAAGUCAGUCAAAGAAAUGGAAUCUGGUUUUUGAUACUUUUCCUGUACCAGCCUGACCUUCCUCAACCGAAGCUAAAUUUGUACUUCUUGACUGAAGAUACUACAUGAUACUGAAGAAGCUUUGAACUAUUGCUCAAAUUUCAGAACUGCUAUAUGAAUCUUUUAUACCAUUAAACUUUUGUCUGAUGAGUCAGAGUUUGAUUUCAAGCCACGUUUUCAAAGUAUUUGAAGUUUUGUAGCAUUGGUGUGUAGGUGCGUAGCGAUUCUGUGUGAAGAGAAUAUUUUUCUAAUUCAUCAGAACCAGUUUCUGGAAGUGUGACAGCUGGUUUUGGUUCACUGACCCAGGACUCUUCAAGAACUCUUAUGGCCCAUCCAACGCAGGCACACCCGUGGGUGUCUAUACUGGAAAAUGUAGUAGCUCUUAUGACUUGAUUUGGUUUUUGAAGUUUCUCAUGCUGUUUUAGUCUUCUAUAAUUCUGCGUCAGGAACGUGAAUAUGCAUCUUUUUGAGUACCUUAACUCUUGCUGAAAUAAUUUUGCAUUAGAAAGCUAAAUUAUUAAACAUCUGUUUUAUUUUCUCUAAAUACCCAGCCUGCUCGGUUUGCUUAAACACCCAACUAGUUUUGCAUUCACCUUUUCACAGUAGCCCAAACAAAGUACACGAAGGAUGAAAUUUUUCAUGGACCCAGGUUUUGAAUAUGCACAAACUAAGCUCCGAGUGCAAACACAUUCAGAAGUAAAGCUGCUGAAUGAUAAUUUUUUUAUUUGGUGAAGGCAAUACUAUUAAUGUAUACGUGUAUAGUUUUUUCGGCUAAACCUCAGAGUAGCUGGUAGUUUUGAGAUUGUACUGACAGUAAUACUUUGGAGAGGUAUUGUGAAUUAGACUAAAUUUCACAUUAUUCUGUUGUACUUGUUAGGUUUGUUCUUUAGUCUUAAAAACAAGACAGCUUUAAAGGAUACAUUCCAAGUGCAAUAAUAAGUUGUUUUUAAUGUGGAAAUAUGCACGAGCUAUUACAAUGACAUUCGACUAUUAAAGAUUUUUGCACUAAGUGACCAUGCAGGUGGUUUAUAGGUCUGUAUGGCUGUGUUCAAUUGGGUGUAGGGAAUAGCUCCAUAUUUUAUUCAAAUAUAAAGAAAUGUCUUUGCAUGUCCCACUUCUUGCUUAAAAUGCUGAACAAGUGGCCCUAUGACUUCUGUGUUCUUAGGCAUUAUGCGCUGUUUGUCAAGUAGGUAUUACUGAAAACCUUUCUCUGAAAAAUAUGUGAAAGUAUAAUCCUUAGAGAUGAAAACACUGCUUUUCAGUUUAUCAUAAAACACUUCCAAGUACAUUUUUUAUUUGUGGGUAUGGGUCAGCAAUGCAAUGGAAUACUUAAUAAUUCUUUACUUCAGGUCCUUUCAAUACCAAUUUUUGUUUUCUUGUUUAGAAGCGUCAUAGCAAAGAGUAAACUAAAUGUGAUCUGAAGACAAAAUGCACAUUGAAGUGGAUUUACUUAAUUAGUAACAAUACCUGUUUUUACAUAAACUGUGGAGGCAUACCACUUCAAAAUUAUAACCUUUAUUCUUUUCUAUUUUUAUUAUUUUUUUCUCCAGAGUUACAGUAAAUUGCUCAAAGCCCAUGUGCAUUUGUGAUAUAAAGCAUUAUAUUGGCAAUACUAUUACAUAGAAAGUUUGCAUCUAUCAACUCAGUCCUUUAAAUAUAAUCAUGCAAAGCAUCCUAAUUAUUGGAGACCAAAGCUCAUACCUUUUUUAUGCUGCAGAAUUUCAAUCCUGCUGUACACGAGCAAGGUUUAAAAGAAUUGAAUCUUAAAAUGUUAGAGGUGGAAGAAAAAAACAAACCCAGACUCAUCUGUAAGACAGAGGCCAUUCAGGAUCACAAGGACUUGUGCUUCUGCACUUCAUAAGUACUUCUAAAAUUGUCAUGAAAGCAUUCGUAGUAUUGCUAAUUAAAAUGACUGCAAAAUGCUGCAUUCAUUACAAAAACAUUGUUAACGGCUUAUGCUGUUCUCGUCUGGAGUAUUUCUGUAGAACAGGUUGUUCAGUAUUAUCUUUUAUGUGGGCAACGCAAAAGGUGUUAAGUGUGAUAAAAGCCUCAUUUCCUAUUGCUUUGUUAUGAAAAAUUAAUAUCCAUCACAGAUCUUGCACUUCAUGUGCUCUAGCUUUGAGCUUUUAACCAAAAACAAGGCUGCUUUUUAGCACUGUGCAAUUUGAAAUCAUUGUGACCAGACAUCUUGAUGUAAUUGUGGCAUCUUCUGGACUUGCUGCUUUCUAUCUGUAUCAAUUAUCUGGGAGAGAAUACAAAAUAAGUUUUAAAAAUGAUACAGAAAUAGUAUAACAAUAGUAUGGAUUAACUAUUGCCAGACCCUUUAAAAAUGUAUCUGCACAUAAAAAUCCAAACUCUUGUAUUUGAGUAACUAAAACUGUAAAUUAUGCUCACAAAUAUGAAGGACAAUGUUAAAAAACCCACAAACCCCCGAGACUCCAGGAAGAGGGGUAUGGUGAGUGUAUAAGUGGAGUGAUUACUGUGCUAAGAACAGCUGUUGAACGGGACGGCAGGCAAGAGGGAAGCAGACUUAGGGGUUAGGAAGCUACAGUGCCUUGAUGUUGGAACAAUGAACCUAUGUCUGCUGCCAGUGCUUGUUUUACAACAAUGCUCAAAUUGGAAAGGCUUCAGGAAAAAAAUGACUUUUUAGAAAAGGUUAAAAAAAGUAAAUUAAUGCAUGAGACUCCUGUUAGCGCCUUGACUGCUAGCUUGUGUCUAUGGCGGAAAUGUCCAAUAGAAAAUGCUCUGUAUUGGAGAAAAGCAUAAGCAGAUUGUGUCCUAAGGCUAGAUAAGAUGUAGUUAAGAUGAAAAAUGAAGUUCAGGUUGUCACCGCUGAGGCAGGCUAAACCCUGAGAAACGGACUUCGGCAGAUACUGGAUUCUGUAUGCCCUGAGGCUUUAAAAGUGAGGUUAGCUGUCUCCCUUUAAAAAACAGCCCCAAACAAUAAAAACAACCCCAAAACAAAAAACCACAAACCAAAACACAAAAAGCUCAAUGCAAAUAGCAACUCUUCAACACAUUUAUGAAAAAAGGAUUGAAUAAUGUAGAAAUUAUUGCUAUUCUGAAAACUAGGAGAGAAAAUCACCAAGUAGUCUAUGUUGGCUGAGUAAAUGUACAUAAAUUUUUGUAACAAAAUUUAAUUUUAGGUGUGAAAACCUGUUCAUGGGAAACCUGCUGAACCCAUAUCUUGAAGACCUAAUUCAUGCCAGAUUUAAUCUUGUUGGGGGUAGAUUAAAAUUAAAAUACUAGCUUGGUUCAAGGAAACCUUUAAAUCAUUCAGAUGUGUCCCUCCCCCUAGAAGAGUUCAUAGCGUACCUGUCAGACUUUGCUCUCCCAUCCUAUCAACAGAGUAAUUUUUUCCACUAAAUGUUCUCAGGGUAAGCCUCAGAAGAAACUGGGUAGGAACAGCUUCACUUAAAAUGACUAUGAAAUUUCCAGUCCUACUUGAUGCUGUAAUUUACUACACCAGAUCUUGAAACCAAGACUGAUUUUGAGCAAGGGGUUGGUUUUAUGUAUGGCUGGUACUUACUACUUUUCAGUAGGUAUGAAAUCCUCAUAAAUCUUAAUAUACCUGUUCAAAGAGUCUGAAAUAAUGAAAACCCUUCAGGUUCUUAUUUACAUAUAAGCUAUGCAACAAUAUACCAUGUAUAAUUAAUAAAAAGUAUUGUUGGAUUUUUUUUGGCUACGUGUUAAAGGACCUGCCCAAGUCUCAAACCAAGACUCAAGAUUAACAUACUCUUAGUUAGAAUUACUUUCAUCCAGAUCUUUGUCUGUUCAGCAUUAACAUUUAAAAUUAAUUUCAAGUUUUACUUUCAGCCACCGUUUAUGGACAUUCCUAAAGGGCUUACUGGAGUCAAGGACAGCACAGCCAUUCUGCGGCCAUCUUUCAGGGUAUAUUCAGUACCAGAUGAGGUAGACAACUGACCGUUUUUUCUCCUUUGGCUCUUCACGUAUGAUGUCUGGGCAUAUAUAUUUACCCCUUCUCUUUGGAGACGCUGGAUUGGCAAAGCUGAUGCACCCCACAUUGCACACAGAGAGUACUUUUCAGCUUUCCUUUUUCAAACUUCUUCCCUGUGUUAAGCCUUUGAAUAGCCAUUGCCUGAUGGGUGGCUAGGCAAGGUUGUGUCAAGUGGGAGAUGGGAGGGUGGAUCAACUCCCAAGAGCCCUGGACGUAGUUCUCACACAUACUAGGUGAAAGCUUUGAUCACAUGCUUAUUGUGUAAAAAAACGGACACAGGCAUUUCAAAGCAAAAAUGCCCUGCUUGUUUUUUUUGUAUGGGCUAGUAUGUGCCAAAGGGAGGGGAGAUGCUUCCUUGCAGCCCCAAAGGAAGUGUCUAAGGAUGGCAGCGUUGGUUCCUGUCCUUAGGAUCAUCCUUAUGGGUUAGCUUGGGCAGCGGGGUUCUCGCGGUGCUGGCCUGGGGCAGCUGCUGCUUUGCCGCUCGCUGGCUGGAAGCCCCUGGGGCGGAGGGGCUCGGCCCUCCUCUGAGCAGGGACCAGAGGUGCGGCCUUGCUCUGGGCCAAAUCCCCUCCAGGGAGCCACAGGCGUUACAGAAGCUCACUUUUAGGCAUUUUACUUAUGUUGAAACUGACCCUCCAAUACUAAAAGAGUGCGUGUGUACAUAUGUAUAAAAAUACAAUGUAUUUUGACCAGGGCGUGCACUGGAGUGUGGGAGGCAGCUGAGGAAGAAGGAAUUACCUUUGUGUGUCUCACUGUUGACAAGCGCAGCACCGUUACAGUUCCAGCCAGCCAGUUUCUAGUCAGUAAACUUUGGCAUAUUUUCAGUAUGCCUUUUAGUCUUAUAUAUAUACACACAUAGUAUCAACAUUUUUAGUGUUUCGGAACUGCGUAUGCUAAGAGUAGAGUGAUUUUAUACUAAAAUGUUCGCUAAUAUUAAUAACACUAACAUGUUUAAGUACCUUUUUAGACAUCAUCUUUUGUAUGUUGUUUUUGAUACUAAAGGACAUAUGUUUUUGCUAGCCUUAAGUCCAUUCUUUAAAGUUCUGCUUCGUUAGAAGGGUAAGAAAUGAAUGUCUGAUGUUUUUCAUGGUGCUAAAGUAACUGUGAUCAGUCUCAAAUUAUUCAGAAUAAAGACGGUAGUUCUCAAGCGC